GAAGAAGAGCAGCUGGUUAAAGAUCAGAAAAGAGUUUCGUGUCUCUUCGAUGAGUGAAAUUCCUCAGAUAUAAAGGUGUUUAUGGAUGAGGUAACUGGAGCUCAGCUGAUCGCUGAGGCACUUAAAGCUCAGAAUGUGGAGUACAUGUUUGGCAUUGUUGGUGUGCCGAUCAUUGAGGUGGCCAUGGCAGCCCAAGCAGCUGGCAUCAAGUACCUGGGUAUGCGCAACGAGCAAGCAGCCUGCUAUGCUGCAUCUGCCAUUGGCUACUUGACGGGACGCCCUGCUGUCUGUCUGGUUGUAUCUGGACCUGGCCUGAUUCAUGCACUUGGAGGAAUGGCCAAUGCUAACACGAACUGCUGGCCUGUCAUUGUCAUUGCCGGCUCCUCAGAUAGAAACCAGGAAACCACAGGAGCGUUUCAAGAGUUCCCUCAGGUUGAAGCUUGUCGUCUAUACAGCAAGUUUUCUGCUCGACCAAGCAGUCUUGAGAUGAUACCGGCUGUAGUUGAAAAAGCCGUAAGGAGCAGUAUUUACGGCCGUCCUGGAGCGUGCUAUGUGGACAUUGCAGGAGACAUGGUAAAUGCCAAAAUAGACAGGGCCAGUGUCAGGUUUGUUUCCUGUUGUCCUGCAGCCCCUGUGAGUCAGGCUGACAGCAGAGAGGUCACAAAGGCCGUAGAGCUGCUCAAGACGGCUCAGAGGCCUCUGAUCAUUAUUGGAAAAGGUGCGGCAUAUGCCAGGGCAGAGAGGGAGGUCAGGGAGUUGGUGGAGCUGACCGGACUUCCUUUCCUUCCCACACCAAUGGGGAAAGGAGUGCUGCCCGAUGACCACCUCAACUGUGUAGCUGCGGCCAGAUCCAGAGCUCUGUUGCAGGCUGAUGUUGUGGUGCUUCUGGGUGCCAGACUUAACUGGAUCCUGCACUUUGGUUUUCCACCCAGGUUCAGUCCCCACGUGAAGGUCAUUCAGGUGGAUCUGUGUGCUGAAGAGUUGAAUAACAAUGUAAGAGCUGCAUCGGCUCUGAUGGGUGACAUGCGAGCUGUGGUCAGCCAGCUGUUGCAGACUUUCAAAUCCGAAUCUUGGAGAUUCCCGUCUGAUGCAGAAUGGUGGGCAACACUGAAGGAAAAAAUGGUUGCUAAUGCUCACAUGUCAAAGACUCUUGUUCAUCAUUCAGUUGUACUCAUGAAUUACUACACAGCCUUCCACCACAUCUCUGAGCUCUUGCCCAAAGACUGUAUCAUAGUCAGUGAGGGAGCUAACACCAUGGACAUUGGCCGUACUAUGCUGCUAAACUACCUGCCUCGACACAGGUUGGAUGCGGGUACUUUUGGAACAAUGGGGGUGGGCCCGGGCUUUGCCAUCGCAGCAGCUGUUUUGGAGCAAGCUCAGCAGAGCUCACAGAGAGUGGUGUGUGUGGAGGGAGACAGUGCUUUUGGUUUCUCUGGAAUGGAGGUGGAGACCAUGUGCAGGUAUAAACUCCCAAUCAUAAUUAUAGUCAUCAACAACAAUGGGAUCUACAGUGGAGUGGAUCCCGACACAUGGAGAGAGAUGGAGAAAAUGGGUGACAUGACUACAAUAGCUCCUCCAGUGACCCUGCUGCCAGAGGCGCGGUAUGAACAGGUAAUGACUGCUUUCGGAGGUCGUGGGUACCUGGUUCGAACUGUGGAGGAACUGCGUUGUGCGCUUCAGGAGAGUUUGAAAAACGCACAGAUGCCGAGCCUUCUCAACGUGCUUAUAGACCCAGCGUCAGACCGCAAACAACAGGAGUUUCCCUGGCUGACACGUUCAAAUCUUUAAAUGCAUUGGAUGCGAUCGGAUUGUGACCUAUUACUAUACCGUACACUACAAUUGAUCAACUUGCUGUAGGUGGCAGCAUUUCCUGUAAUACAACAACAAACCUGUAUCAAGUUUACACUUUUUUAAUGUUUUUAUUUGGCUGCAGGGUGAGGUUUGGUUAUUGAAUAAAGUAGUUUGUAUAUUCAUACAGGUUAUAUACUUUUGUAAUGUAUGCCAUAAAAUUAACACAAUUUACAAAAGCCAUAAAACAGCUUUGCGCCAGGAACAGAUUGAGGCGUAAGCCUAAAUUCCUACAUUUUAAAACUGUGGGUAAAAUGAAGAACCAGUUGGAUGUUUGAAUCUGAUGCGGAUUAGAUGUCAGCUUUGGUGAAGGGUUUGGCUUUGGGCUUAGAACAACAUCAGUGGGGAAUUAAUAACAAAAUUAUUAUUUUGGGGUGAUUAAAUAAUAAAUUAAAAUUAGUACAGUGAAUGUGGAUUACAUUUUUUAACGUAUACAUCUUUUAUCCCUUAAGUUGGAUAGUCUUUUUUUACAGGAAGAUUGUAAUUUUUACCUUACCUGAUCUAAGGUCAGUGUUGUGUGUCCGGAGUGGGGUUCUGUUUAACAUCACAUCUUUUAGUUAAUUGAAGUCUUCCUGACCUCCUCUCUUGCUCUCCUAUAAAGUGCCAGUGCUGCUUUAUCACUUGGAGAGAAAAAGUCUCAUUGAUCUCGGCAGGCACAUCACAGGAUGCAAGAUGUAACCUUAUAAUAUUGUUCAGAAAUGGACUUCAAUUUCUAUACAUUUUAUUGUAUACAUGGUAAUAUAAAGAAAUAUUUUUGUAAUAACUACUUGAUUAUAAAAGAGUGAUGCAGAUGUUCUUGGUACCGUUAAUUUGCUUUCAAAAUAAAAAUGUGAUUUCUAAAACCUCA